AACGCUGCCGUCAUUCAAAUAUCAACACACCGGCCCCUCGUGUAACUACCCGCCAUGGCUCCAAAUCUCAAAUGUGCGGCCUGCUGUGUUUGUGGGAAGAAACGGAGAACACACCCUGGUGUGAAGCUCCAUUUAUUCCCAAAGGAUGCCAGAAGGUGCCUCCAGUGGGUGAAAGCCUUGAAAAUUGGCUUUCAAAAGCAUACUCAAGCCAUCUGUAGUGACCACUUUGAUGGGGUUCAUUUUGGCAGCAAGGGCCAGCUGCUGCCGACUGCAACCCCACGUCACACAGAUGGCCAUGAGGAGCAACCACCCACUGGGUUCCCGGCAUCAUCCCACAAUGCAGCCGCCAUUGACUUGGAGCCAGUGGAGUUGGAACUCUCCUCUACACAGAUUGUGCUGCCACAUUAUGGUUAGUGAAAAUUAAUUAUGGUAAUUACUUUACAUUGUAAUAAGCCAUUAAUAUUUUGCCAUGCUCAUUAUUAUUGUUGUUGUUUUAC